ACUCUCAAUUUAGUGAUUACAACAAGAAGAUAUAAUGAACUAUAUGAAAUGCAUAUUAAUCUUUCAAGAGAAAUAGAGAUGGAACUUAUAACAAACAAUAGAUAUAAUGUUUUAAAUAAUGAUCCUGUCAAAUUUGCAACUACAAUUAACAAUCCAAUUAGCAUUAAUUCAAAAGGUCAGAAACCAAAAAAUGCAAAAAAUAAUAACAAAAAGAACAUAAAUAAUACAAGCAAAAUUAAUUACAAUGAAACUUUGAAUGUUCAAAGAGAUAAAAUUACUAACUUGGAAGCCAAUAGAAAUGUUAUUAGUUGUGAAAAUGAAAGUUCUAACAAACAGAUGAAUGAAAUUAUUCAAGAUAGUGACAACAAUUGUGAAAAUGAUAAUUUGCCAUUAUCAGCCACAAGAUAUAAUGAUGAGGAUUUAACAAGAAUAUUAUUAUGA